GCGCUUUGGUGACGUACAAUGUCUGCGACCCGGCUAGCAGCAUGCGGAAUGUGUUGACUGUGGACAACGUGUGACGUGAAAAAUAAGAUACUUACUUUGCAGUAGCUAUUAAAUAUUUAUGCUUUGCCAUAUUUCGUGGCAAGAUGGCGACUCCCAACCUGCAGUUCAAAACCAAUUAUGAAGUUUCCAGCAAGAUAGAGCCGUUUUACAAAGGAGGGAAGGUGCAGAUAAGCAAAGAUGAAAAGCACAUCUUUUGUUGUUGUGGGUCUCGUGUCAGUGUUCUGGAGAUCAGCACAGGAAAGGUCAUCCACAGUAUAGAACACGAUGAUCAAGAAGACAUCACAUCAUUCGCUCUCAGCUGUGAUGAUGACGUGCUGGUAACAGCCAGCAGGGCUUUAAUGUUGAAGCAGUGGGACUGGAAGGAAGUGCGGUGCACUCGUUCCUGGAAGGCCAUUCAUACUGUGCCUGUUGCCAGUAUGACCUUUGACUCCACCUCUACCCUCCUAGCCACAGGUGGAUGUGAUGGGACCAUUAAACUUUGGGAUGUAGUGAAGCAGUACUGCACUCACAAUUUGAAAGGGUCAUCUGGGGUUGUACACUUGGUCGAGUUCCAUCCAGAUAGUGACAGGCUCCAGCUUUUCUCCUCAUCUCUGGACUGUGGCAUCCGGGUGUGGGACCUUCGCUCCAGUAGGUGUGUGUGUGUGUUGCAGAGCCACUACAGCCCUGUCACCUCCCUCAGCUUCAGCUCUGAUGGUGACACCGUGAUCAGUUCUGGCAGGGAUAAGAUCUGCACCGUCUGGGACCUAAAGACUCGUAAGGCCAAGAGGACAGUACCUGUGUAUGAGGCUGUGGAGGGUGUUGUUCUACUGCCUGAAAAUAAGGACUUCUCUCAGAUUGGAGUGAAGAGCAAAGAGCUCCAUUUUAUUACAGCCGGCAGCAAAGGUAUCCUGAGGGUGUGGGAAGCCAGCACAGCUCAUUGUGUCUACACCCAGACCCUCACCUCCACCCUCCCUGCUUCUGAGGGGGAUGACGAGGAAGACAACACUCUGCGCAUCACUUACCUACUUCACUUGUCCACAUCCUCCAGACUGGCUACAGUCACAGCCGAACACAACAUUGUGCUCUACCAGCUACCGGAACUUACUACACAGCAACAGUUUGUUGGUUACAAUGACGAGGUGCUGGACGUGAAGUUUUUGGGAAAAGGCGAUAGCCACAUAGUGGUGGCCACCAACAGCUGCCAGCUGAAGGUGUUUGAGCUGCUCACAAACAGCUGCCAAAUCCUCUACGGACACACAGAUAUUGUCCUUUCAUUAGAUGUGUUCAAGAAAGGUGCUCUAUUUGCCAGCUGUGCAAAGGAUAGGUCAGUGCGAGUUUGGCACAUGGACAGUGACAGCAGGCAGGUGCGAUGUGUGGCCCAGGGCUCCAGCCAUACUAAUGCUGUGGGCUCCAUCACCUGCUCCAGGUUAAAAGCAUCUUAUAUAGUGUCUGGCAGUCAGGACUGCACAGUGAAGGUUUGGGAUCUACCAGCAGAUUUAUUAACAGCAGGAGCUGAUGUACAUCAGAUUACUGCCCGCAUCACAGAGAAGGCGCACGACAAGGAUGUAAACAGUGUUGCAAUAUCACCUAAUGACAAGCUGCUGGCCUCAGGCUCCCAGGACCGCACAGCCAAGCUGUGGUCGCUGGCCGGGGAGGGGAACCUGGGCCUGGUCGGAGUGUUUCGAGGCCACCGUCGCGGUGUCUGGGCUGUGUGUUUCUCUCCUGUGGACCAGGUGCUGGCCACGUCUUCUGCGGAUGGCACAGCAAAGCUGUGGAGCCUGCAGGACUUCAGCUGCCUCAAGACAUUUGAAGGACACGAUGCAUCAGUUUUGAAGCUAAUCUUUGUGAGCAAAGGCACUCAGCUGCUCACCAGUGGCUCUGACGGUUUGGUGAAGCUAUGGACCAUAAAGACCAAUGAGUGUGUAAAGACGCUAGACGCCCAUCAAGAAAAAGUGUGGGGCCUCCACGCCAGCCGCAAAGACGAUAGGAUGGUGACGGGGUCAGCAGACUCUAACAUCACAGUGUGGGUGGAUGUCACUGAAGCGGAGCUGGCAGAGAAGCAGGCCAAACAGGAGGAUCAGAUACUUAAGAACCAGGAGUUGUCCAACCUGCUCCACGAGAAGAAGUAUCUGAAGGCGCUGGGCCUCGCAAUCUCGCUCGACCAGCCGCACACCGUGCUCACGGUUAUCAAAGCGAUCCGUCAGGGGGAGGACAGCCGUGAGCUGUUGGAAAAGACCGUACUGAAGCUUCGACUGGAUCAGAAAGAGGCCCUCCUCCGCUACUGUGUGAUAUGGAACACCAACGCUAGAAACUGCCUUGAUGCCCAGUCCGUCCUCCAGGUGCUCCUCACACACCUGCCUCCAGAGGAGCUGCUGCAGUAUCAGGGUGCUCGAGCACACCUGGAGGGGCUCAUCCCGUAUACAGAGAGACACAUGCAGAGGAUUGGACAUUUACUUCGGGCGUCCAUGUUCCUCAACUUCAUGUGGCAGAAGAUGAGAGUGGCCGGAGCUCCAUCCAGCAUGGACCAGGAUGAAGAAAUGGACACGAGUCCUUUCGCACACAACCAGCCGUUUUUUGUGAUUGACAAGAAGGGAAUGAGCAAGGAGAGUCGAGAUGACGAUAAUGACAGCGACGGCGAGCAGGACGAGGAUCCAAACUGCUCCGUUGAACAAGAAGAGGACGAUGACGACAAGGUCAGCGCCACCAAGAAAGCCGCAACAACUGAGGUCAGCGCAGAGAACGGAGCGAGCACCAAAACAAAUGGCAGCCAACACUCGGGAAGCGAGGAGAGUUCGGAGGACGAAGACGAGGAAGAGGUUGAGAUGGAACCGAUGAAAACGGUGAAACGUCUUCAGGCUUCGUCCGCUGCUCAGCAUCAGACUGUAGCCAUCUGACAGCGAACCAGGAACAAAAAGGUUCUCUGAUUUGGGAUUUGGGACCUGAUUGUACAGCAGUCCAGAAGAAGAGUGGUUGAUAAUAAAAUGCAUAUGCAGAGUAGACAUUUAAGCAGCUUUAUUUUCUAACCUGACUGCAGCUCAGCAGUGCACUGAUCUGCUGUGUUCCGUAUAUGUUUAUGUCAUGGCCUCAAAUGUUUAUAAAAUAAAGCUUGAAUGAAUUUUA